AUGCUCUUCAACAAGAUGACCAUCCUGGCCGCCGCCGUCUCUGGCGCCGCCGCUGCUGCCCAGCCUCCCGCUCCCACUGCCGUCCUGAACGAGCGUGACUCGGCCGCCUGUGCCAGCGCUGCCAUCAAGUACGGUCCUGGCCUGAUCGACAUUCCCACUCCCGCCAACACCAACGUCCUCACCGUGACCGGCUCCGCCACCAAGUCGUGCGAGAUCCCCGCCGUCACCGGCACCCUCGCCUCCGAGUACAGCUCCUACUGGUCCCAGUUCUCCAGCUGGCACAAGGAGCACAUCACCGACAUCAGCAACCUCGUGUCGGCCUGCUCGGACGACAUCUCGAGCCUCAUGUCCGGCCUCACCUUCGACAGCAGCGUGCUCGAGCAGACCUCCUGCUCCAGCCUCAGCUGGCCCUCCCAGACCGGCGGCUCCAGCAGCGACGACAGCAAGAACAACACCAGCACCAACACCACCAACAGCAGCAAGGAUGACAGCAAGGGCGCUGGCUCCCGCCAGACUGCCACCAUUGUCGGUGCCGCCGCCUUCGCUGGUGUUGUUGCCGUUGCCCUCCUCUAA